UGGAAAUAUGCAGAAGGACAAAGUUUCUUAUUGUUUUGUAUGUUAUCCAGUAACUAGUUUUAUUCUGUUUACAUUUCUGUCCUUUCUCCCAGAAGCAGGAAGUGAGCAGAAGAGAAUCCGCCAAGAAGAUGAGAUUCCUCUCCCCGUAGCAGUGAGCAUGUGUCAGAUCCAUGCAGAGCUUGGGAGUGGUUCAUUUGGCAAAGUGCUGUUGGCAUCUCUGCCCAGCAGCCAGCACGUAGCCAUAAAAGUCAUACAGAAGAGUGACGAGUACCAACUUGCUGAUCUCAUCACAGAGGCUCGUGUGCUGAAGGUGGCUGCUGGAUGCCCACACCUUUGCCAUGCGUAUGGAUCAUUCCAAACUCAGCGACAUGCCUUUAUUGUCAUGGAGUACGUCAGUGGAGGGACCAUGGAAGAUCAGAUGUACAAUGGGAGGACGUAUGGAGAUGGACUCAAUAACGUAAGUGGCCAAGUGUGUGAAUAA